AGUGUUCAUCACACUUCAUUUUAUGGGCUGAAUGAGUGCAUCAUCCGGGUAAUUACAGUGCACUUAUUAUUUUUAGAGUUUUCAGUGAGAACGCACGUUUUACACUAUUUAUAUUACAAAAUGGCGUAGAAUAGUGCACAAGUAUGCGAUUUGGGACGCAACUAUAAAGACGCUGUGCGCAGCUGGAUAUUACUGGAAGUGUGAGGGAAAGUUCGUGUUAUUUUCUCUACCCAAAAAUGAAACUGUGAAGAGUCAGUGCUUGAGGUUUAUUUUGUGCAAAAUUCUCCAGCAUUAUAGCUCAGCCUUGUGCUGUUCCCGUCAUUUUUCUGACAAGUGCUUCUGGAAUCUCCACGAUUACAAUGGGGGAUUCAUCGGCCCUUUGUUAAAGGAAGGAUCAGAAAAGACUAUUGAUGUAUGGGACUUUGUCGUACAUGGAUCAGUGGAUCAUGGAUCAGUUUCUUCCUCCUUUCCACAAGUGUAAAUGCACAAAACAUGGUGAGAAACAAUAUGAAGGAAUCUUUUCUUCUGGCAGAUCAGACUCUGUAAAGUUUGCCACUCGUAAGGACACAUUCCCUCUCAUCAGGUCAUGGAUGAACAGAUUGGCUCUUUCCUCAUAGCCAACUCCCUGUGUCAUCUCUCGAUUCUUAUAAGCGCAAACAACAGAUGUCUCGCUAUACCAGGGAUAACAAGCUGGAAGUCAUCUGUGAGGGAAAAGAAACUUGGAAAGAGAUCACAUGUCAGCUGUGCUGUGUUAUUUGAAACAAUUCAGGAUCUUUCAAAUACUUUUUAUGUACAUUUUUAAAAUCUAUUUUAUUUGAUAUUUUGUAGUGUUCAUCACAAACCUUUAAGAACAUUUACGCUCAAAAACAUUCAAAAAUGUCAAACACAUUCAGAUUGCUGUCUAUUUACUCUGAUGAGUCUUAAUAAUUUUCUGCAGUUUUACUCAGUCUUAAAUCACACACACAUCUCUCUGUGUGUCUCUGUAUACAGUAUUUAUAAUCACAGAUCAAAUGAUACUUAAAAGAUAUUCUUACUGUAGCAGUGACUUUACAACCCUAUUUUGAUUAACAGUUAAAAUAAUAAUAAUACAAUAUUUUUUGUAGAAAACUUGCUGCCACUUCUAGCCAUCAUGCUUCUCAAACAAACAGGAAGAAAUCGCACCCAGUGAGAGUGAAGAAUUAAUUCAGUCUCGCAAAACACUGGUUUAUCUACACUGAACCUAUGUGAGGUCAUUCAAUCCAAACCAACUUAAUUUUUUCAUUUUUUAAUCAAUCUUUCAUUCAUGAAUGAUUACAAACUUGUACCUCUCGCACAGCCUGAAUGCUUAAAUACAUUUUUGUGUUUAUAAUUUCUGCUCUUGAUUUAAAAUAUGAUGCCAAAUGCCUUCACACAAGCCUGCUUUUAACACACCCAAAGAACAAAGAAUGGAAAAUUAAAUACAAUGUACGCCUGCUGGAGUAUGCACUUCUGGCUGGAUGUGGUGAUGAUCCCUGUGCAUGAGCUGGAAAUUUCCUUAAUUGUUCCUUUUUUUUUUUUUUUAAGUUCCUUAGCUCUCAAUAAUUUAUAGAAUAGUAUAGAGUCCUUGAAGCACAGUCCAGAUGUCUCAGGAAAGUAUAGGGUACCGUGUUAUUGCCUGCUUGAGCAGUACAUUUGUUAUAUUUCCCUAUUAAUUAGUUUGUUCAUGCAAAUGCGUAAAAAAAUAGCUCAUGUUAACUCAGAUUUAUUAUUUAAUAUUAUCAGAUGACAGUAUUUUUUCAUUAUUCAUAUUAAAUAAUAUAUAAACAAAUUGACCUUUAUAUAGACAAGUUUAUUCUAUAACGACUUACAUUAAGUAAAAUGUAAAUCUAUUUACUAAAAUAAUUAAUUCUAAAUAUUUAUAAAUACAGUAGCGUCAAGAAUGCAAGUUACAUAUUGGUUCAUAUAUGUAUUUUCACUGCAGUAUCAGAUAUCAGUUAAUGACGAUGAUGAUGAUGCAAAGAGAAAGCGAAACUGACACCAAAACGAGCCCUGACCAGUCAGCGCCACACCUGAACAAGCUAUUUGAGACAAAGAAGAUGACGAAAGCAAGCAAAGAUGAGUUUCAGCUUGUUCUUGAAGAAGCUGACAGAGAAAAUGUUGAACAGGAGUUCACAGUACCGUGUCAUCUGUCACCUCAAAUCAGCGCUGUUGACAUGGAGAUCAGGUGGUUUAAGGAGACAGAAUGUGUGUUUCUCUAUAAGAAAAGAAAACUGUUGGUGGGGCGAAGCUACAGAGGCAGAGUGAAUCUUCUGACUGAGCAUCUCGAGGGAGGAAACGUGUCCUUAUAUCUGAGAGAUUUCAGACAGUCAGAUGUGGGAGAUUAUGUGUGUCAGGUCACCAGUGGAGACACAACUGAGGAGACUACAGUAAAAGUAGGAUAUAACUUGUGGAAAGGAGCAUUAGCAGCAGGAGCAUUAGCAGCAGCAGGAGUGGCAAUAGCAGUUCAGGCAGCAGCAGCAGCAACAGACGCAAAAGCAACAGCAAAAUCAUCAGUAGCACCAAGAGUGAUAAUUCAGGGAAGAGCAACAGCACCAUUAGCAGAAGCAACAGCAAAAGCAUUAGUGGCAGAAGGAGGAGCAGCAGAAAAAGCACAAAUAGCAGGAACAACAAUAGCAAUACUCCUGUUUCUGUUUCUCCUAGGAGCAACAGUGGUAUUAGCAUUAGUAGGAGCAAGAAGAAACGGUGCACGAACAACAAGAAAAACAUCAAGACCAGUUGGCAUAGUUGCAGAAGUGGCAACAAAUUGCUGGAAGUUUACUGUCAGACAAUUCUUGAAGACUUAUAUGGCUCACCGAACAUGGAGUGAAGAGGAGAGGAGUAAAAUGAGGGAAUCUUCUCUUCUGGCAGCAAAGACAGUAAUCCAGAUAUGUGUGAAGAGCCAUUUCAAAACAGCAGCAGUGAACAUGAAGACAUGGAACCACAGAAUUGAUUCUUCCAGUCAGACACAGAGACACUGAGGAUCCUGAAUAAAGGCCAAACCCUGCGUACAGAGGCUCUGAGAAUGUGGAGGAAAAUGUGUGCAAGUGUGUGAGUUUAUUUUUGUCAGAGAUGCUGUAGAAGGACAAAGUGCCAGCUGGCCAGUCCAAAUACACCCCGACCCGUUUAGAGCGAGAUGAGGAUGAAGGCGGACGCAUUU